GGAAACGAAGAAGUCUUCAACCCUGUAUUAGAGAAAAGAAUCAGCUCUUCAUGAAUCACCUUAGCAACGUUCUGAUUAGGAAACGCCGAUUCAAGAAGAUGAAGAGGAGGAAUGCCAAAGAAAUGGAGUCAAAACUUCAGAAGCUGAGAGAGGAGAUGCAAGAAAUUGGUGCUGAACAAAGAAGUAUACGGGAAGGACAAAGAAAAGUUCGCGAAAAAUUUGAAGCCAUUGAAGCCGAGUGCCAAAUUCUUAAGAGAGAAACAAGGCUCGUCAUCCAGCAGAGCGCUAGAAAUAAAAUUCGUCUGGCUAUCAUGUUUAGAAUUUUUAAGGCACGCGAAGAAGGCGACUUUGCGAAGGCAACCGAACUCACUAGGUUACUCCGGGAAAUGGUUGUGAGGGAUAAUAUGUUAAUGAGGGCACCAGCAAGUAAUGAAUGAAAGGGCAGAUCGAGGUUGACGACCGUUUUCAAUACGGAGGACUUGCAAGGUUGCUUUGUGCGGAGGAUGCAGUAGAAAGUUUUUGAAACAGCGGACUUGCAAAGUUUGCUAUGUUUUUCAAAUUUUACCGUUGCCUUCGAAAUUUCCGUCGUUAAAAAGAGCCUCGUUCUCGCUAGGAGUGGUUUUUUGUUCAUGCCAAACUCUUGUGGAUUGUAAUGAUGUUUUAUGCUUGUAAGUUACGUGAUUGUGAUGAUUAUGGCGUGUAACUGAUAAUAAUAGCAAUUGUGGUUU